AUUCGACAUGCUAUUUAAAUCAAUCAAUCCCAAAAAUGGAGUUGUACUCAGGGAAGCUAUUCCUUUCUUCACCAAGGAAAGGAUCUCACAGACUAUUAACAGCUCUUACGAUGCCUUCUUGGACUAUAAGCAGCUGUCUCUGCCAGAAAGGCUGGCUAGAUUAGCAGCUUUACGAAGAAAUUUAGAAGCCAACGUAGAGACUUAUGCCAAGGUCAUGACUGAUGAAAUGGGCAAGACUAUUGGCCAAGCCAGAGCAGAGGUGCUCAAGUGUGCAGCCCAUUGUAGGUAUUAUGAAGAACAUUCAGAGGGAGUACUAGAGGAUACGUAUAUUGAGACAGAUCUGAGCAACUCUUAUGUGAAGCACCAAGCGACUGGACCUAUUUUGUUAAUUAGUCCUUGGAAUUUUCCGUUUUGGAUGCCUUUUAGAACAGCUAUUCCCAAUCUUGCUCUAGGCAAUACAGUGCUGUUUAAGCCUGCACCGAAUACAUCUUUGUCAGCUGAGCUGAUAGAAAAUGCUAUGAGAGAUUCUGGUUUUGAGGAUGUCUUCCAAAAUCUCUAUUUUGAUCAUGAAGAUACUGAUCCUAUCUUGGCAAGUCCAAAAGUACAAGGCGUUGCAUUCACUGGAAGCACAGGAGCAGGUAAAGCUAUCGCUUCGAUCGCUGGCAAAUAUGUUAAGAAGGCAGUACUGGAGCUAGGGGGUUCAGACCCUUUUAUCAUCCUUGACGAUGCUGAUCUUGAUAAAGCUGCUCAGGAUGCAUGCACUUCGAGGCUGAUUAACAACGGUCAAGCCUGUAUUAAUGCUAAAAGAUUCAUAGUGCAUGAGGCAGUUUAUGAUGAGUUCAAGGAUAAAUUUGUCAAAAAUAUUGCAGCUCAAAAGGUUGGGGAUCCUCUUGACGAAUCUACUAAUGUUGGGCCUCUUGCAAGGGAUGAUUUACAUGAGAAUCUUAGAAAUCAAGUUCUCAGAGCUGUCAAAAAUGGUGCUUCAGUAGCUCAAGGAGACUUAGCAAGGCUAGAGGCUCCUGCUAAGGCAGAAGAUGGCUACUAUUUCCAUCCAAUGGUCAUAGAAAAUAUCUCUGUAGAGAACCCUAUUUAUAGAGAAGAGUUGUUUGGUCCUGUAGCAUCUUUGUACAAGGUAUCGAGUUUGGAAGAAGCAGUUGCACUUGCAAAUGACUCCAAUUACGGCCUUGGAGGAGCAGUAUUUUCGAAAAAUCUUGACAGAGCUAAAAGAGUAGCAUCUGAAGUAGAUACUGGAAUGAUGGGCAUCAACUCUUUCUGUGUCAGUGAUCCUCAUCUUCCCAAUGGUGGUGUCAAAGAGAGUGGUAUAGGCAGGGAGUGCUCUCAUGAAGGACUUUUAGAGUUUGCCAACAUUAAAUCUGUCUCCAUUCCAAAGUAGAGGAACUAAUUUUGAUUUGCGCAACAUUCUUCCAA